ACGCCCCGGCGGCUGGAGCGCCGCGUCCCGAUGCCACCGCCGAGGAUCACCUUGUCCGCGCCCCACAGCGACGUGCUCCGCCUCCUCGACGCCCAGGACCUACCCGCCGCGGCGCGCCUCGCGGCCGCGCACGCCUCGUCCCCCCUCUCCCUCGCCGCCGUCCUGCUCCGCCACCCGCCGCCCCGUCUCGGGUACUGCCUCCACGCCCGCGCCGCGCGCGCGGGCCUCCUCGCCGACCGCUACCUCGCCAACGCCCUCCUCGCCUUCUACGUCCGCCUCCCGCGCCACCUCCCCCACGCGCUCAGGGCGUUCGACGACCUCCCUCAGCGCGACGUCGUCGCGCACUCCUCCAUCCUCGCCGCGUUCCUCCGCGCGGGGCUUCCCCGCCGCGCGCUCCAGUCGCUCAGGUCCAUGGCUGCCGGCGCGGACGGUGUCUCACCCAACGCCCACGCACUCUCCGCCGCCGUCAAGGCCUGCGCUGUGCUCCACGACCGCAACGCGGGCGCCUGCGUCCACGGGAGCAUCCUUGUCCGCGGAUUCAACGACGACGACAUCGUGCUGAGUGCGCUGGUGGACAUGUAUGGCCAUGCGGCUUCACCAGGUGACGCACGGAAGGCGUUCGAGGAAAUGCGCGCCCCUGACGGGAUAUGCUACACAUCGUUGUUAUCAGCAUUUGUGCGGAACCAUUGGUAUGAGGAAGCCGUGAGGUGGUUCCGGACUAUGGUCAUGACGAAUGGGGUUGAGCCGGAUGGCUGCACAUUUGGUUCGAUGAUGACAGCGCUAGGGAACUUGAAGAGGGCGAGGCAGGGCCGUGAGGCACAUGCUCAGAUACUGACCCGCGGUCUUUGUGGGAAUGUGAUUGUGGAGAGCAGCACGCUCGACAUGUACGCCAAGUGUGGGGCGAUGUUGGAGGCACGCAAGGUGUUUGACAAGAUGCAGGUUAGGAAUGCAGUUUCAUGGUGUGCGUUGCUUGGAGGUUACUGCCAGAAUGCGGAGUACGAGAAGGUUCUUGUGUUGUUUCGACAGAUGGAUAGGGAAUACGAUGACUCAUAUAGCUUGGGGACUAUUCUAAGGGCAUGUGCUGGUCUAUCUUCUGUAGAACCAGGAAAAGAGAUCCAUUGCCGGUUUCUGAGGAGUGGAGGCUGGAGAGAUGUGGUUGUUGAGUCUGCACUUGUAGACCUAUAUGCAAAAUGUGGCGCUGUAGACUAUGCUUAUAGAGUUUUUGAAGCGAGCAGUGUCCGUAACACAAUUACUUGGAAUGCCAUGAUUGGCGGCUUCGCUCAGAAUGGCCAUGCUGAGGACGCUAUCAAUUUGUUCAAUCGGAUGGUCAGCGAAGGGGCGAAACCCGACUACGUCAGUUUCAUUGGUGUUCUUUUUGCGUGUAAUCAUACUGGAAUGGUUGAGCAAGGACGGAACUACUUCAAAUCUAUGAGCAAAGACUAUGGCAUUGCCCCCGGAAUCGAACACUACAAUUGCAUUGUUGAUCUUCUCAGCAGAGUAGAACUUCUGGAGGAGGCUGAAGAUCUGAUAAACAAGUCACCUUUCAGAGAUGAUUCGUCCUUGUGGGCACCAAUCCUUGGUGCUUCUUCCACACAUUCAAACCCAGAUGUAGCAGAAAGGGUUGCCAAGAAAAUGAUGGAGUUAAAGCCUCAGUACCACUUGAGCUACGUUCUUCUUGAAAAUGUGUACAGAACAGUUGGACGGUGGGAAGAUGCUUUAGAGAUAAGGAGGCUGAUGAGAUCAAGAAAGGUCGAAAAGGAGCCCGGAAUGAGCUGGAUUGAUGUAAACAGAAGCAAACAACAUAUGUCAACUGUUAAUGGGGCAGCUUCAGAACUAGUAGCCUCCGAGGACAUCAUCACAUGUGACAACUGACCUUAACAUUUUCUGUCUCUGCUUUUGCGAUUCUGUCCUGUGAUUGGCUUAUGAGUCAUUUGGAGUUUGGGAUGAAUUCUGGCAUGUAUUGUUCCCAAAAUGCUCUACUGUUAUAGCUGCAUCCCUGAAAAUUGAUACCAGCUGGUGUCUUGCAAAGUUCAAUGCGUCAGUUGAUAGAGACAUGAAUAAUUUGUCGAGCACAUAUAUUCAUAUAUGCUUUGCGGCAUAUGUGUUUAUGUGGGUGCGAUGCCCUUAUUUGACAUGGCAGGCUUGGAUGGGAUGGCCUUAGCCACCAUUAACACAAAAGUGGGACUCUCAGACAGGCUGUCUACUUAUUGGCUUCAUUUGUAAUGACAAGCGCUUGAUCGAUGCUUGGUUAUUUCAUGACCUCCGUGCUUGAUCUAAUGGUACUUAUAAAUCCAGAGACAGUGCUCUCAGGAUGCGAGGAGAGAGCCCUUACCCCGCGGCCGAUCGUGAUUGGUGCAGCAGAGAUGCAGAAUGAUUGAACGCGUGGAGCCACUAGUAAGUACUCCUACUUAGCAUGAUGAUUGAUGGCCCUCCCUGAUCCCCAUAACCGAUCAUUGGUACUGUAGCAUACAUACGUCAGAUGUGCUCGAAACGAGGGACAAUUCGGAGACACGCCUGGCCUGCCUAUGUCGAUGACGCUUCAUCCUGGGCUUCAGUCUAGGACACCCAGCUGUCAAACUCAAACUCCUAGCUCAUGUCAUCAGAUCUCCGACAGAUGCGGCACCCAGUUCACCAGUUGUACGUCGUUCACAUGCUCAUCUACACCCUAACUCAGUUUCUGCUUUGGUUCCCCCAUUGCACCAGCCGACGCCGGGCGGUGGAUUCAGCCAGGAGCGGCGGGGAAAAUUUUCAGCUGCUCUCAGGGCUCUCGCCUCUCGGAUGAAACUGACCAAGCCGGUGAAAACCCUGCCGUUACUCCUCUGCCCAUCCAUGGACUAUAAUUGAAGGAGCAGAUCAAGGGAGCGGCGCCGUCAGCACGGUUCGACCUGAGGCUCGGAGCUGUGUUUUUUGACCGGCUGGGGUUUGGCACAGGGAAAUGAAGACCGGUGCCACAGGAUCCAUGCGUCGGCCACUUUCGAGGCUUCAGUUCAGAGUUGAGGCUUCACUUGAGUUGAGGUCCGGGCUCUGAUAUUCUGCCGGUUGCUGGCAACAGGCAGGCGGGUACCGAACCUAGUGUGCU